UGAACAGCUCGAGAAGCCGCUUCAUUCAGUCGAGUGUUGAGCGCGAGAGCCAGAGUCAUGUCAACCGCAACAGCAGAAGCCGAGACCCGUCAGAGACUGCUGCGAAACGUGAAGAAGGAGGCUUUGGAUUUUCAGGACACCGUUAUUUCAGGAUGACCAGAGCAACAUUUCAGAUGUGAUGAUUGGUCCGCUGGUCAAGCAGAUCAUGGAGGAAGCAGUCACAAGGAAGUUUGUCCAUGAAGACAGCAGCCAUAUUGUCUCAUUCUGUGCUUCUGUCGAAGCCUGUGUGCUUCAUGGGUUGAAACGGAGAGCUGCUGGUUUCCUACGAAGCAACAAGAUAGCAGCACUCUUCACCAAAGUGGGCAAGAGCUUCCCUCCAGCUGAGGAGCUGUGCAGAAAAGCCCAGGAGCUGGAGCUGAUCCUUGAGAGCAAACGAACCCAGUCUUUAUCACACAGCGAGAGCACCCGUAAGAUGCCUAAGAUCCCAAACUUCUCCCCUCAGGCCACCAGACACCUGUGGAUCCACACUGCACUCAUUGAGAAAGUGUUGGACAGGAUUGUCCUGCAUCUGGUGGAAAACAGCAGUAAGUUUUAUGAAAAAGAAGCUUUCCUAAUGGACCCAGUGGAUGGCCCUAUCCUCGCCUCUUUGUUAGUGGGCCCGUGUGCAUUGGAAUACACUAAAAUGAAGACAGCAGAUCAUUUCUGGACUGAUCCUUCAGCUGAUGAGCUGGUGCAGAGGCAUCGUAUUCACAGUGGCCAUUGCAGACAAGACUCACCUACUAAAAGACCUGCCCUCUGUAUUCAGAAAAGACACUCUAGUAGUAGUAUGGAUGAAAGGCCCUCUCCCUCCCCCUCUGCCAGGGACUACGUGGAGUCUCUUCAUCAGAAUUCCAGAGCGACUCUCCUGUUCGGCAAGAACAACGUGCUGGUGCAGCCGAGGGACGAUAUGGAAGCAAUCCCAGGAUACCUCUCUCUGCACCAGACGGCUGACUGCAUGACUCUGAAAUGGACGCCAAAUCAGCUAAUGAACGGCUCUGUGGGAGAUCUCGAUUAUGAGAAGAGUGUUUACUGGGACUAUGCCAUGACAAUCCGCCUGGAGGAGAUUGUGUACCUGCACUGUCAUCAGCAGGUGGACUGUGGUGGAACAGUGGUUCUGGUUAGUCAGGAUGGGAUCCAAAGGCCUCCACUUCGUUUCCCUCGUGGUGGUCACCUCCUUCAGUUCCUCUCUUGUCUGGAAAAUGGUCUGCUGCCUCAUGGCCAGUUAGACCCACCACUUUGGUCCCAGAGAGGAAAGGGUAAAGUAUUUCCUAAGCUAAAAAAGAGAUGUCCACAGGGAUCCUCAGACUCUGUCUCAGACAAAGAAGAGGAAGAGGCAACAGAUUAUGUCUUCCGCAUUCUUUUCCCAAACAGCCAAUCAGAAUUUGUGAUGGUUUCCCACUCCUCCCAUCUCACCCUGGGUACUGCCCUCCUGGCCCGCUCUCUUUCACUGAAUUUAAGAUGGCCAGGGCCUCCUAAUUGCCAGACCCUGGUGAUUCCAAAGCGCUACUGCAGCUGCCCGGGAGAUUCCCCAUCCUCCCCACAGCCCAGCUUGGCACCAGAAUUGAUAGAUCAGGGAGCAAACAUGUGGCACCCAGCACCAAGGAAAUCAUCUUGCUCUUCCUGCUCACAAAGUAGUUUCUCUAAUGGAGGACCACCCAAUGGUUGCAACCAUGAAAGGGCUCCUCUGAAGAUGCUGUGUGACAAUAUGAAGAAUCAGAUCAUCUCCAGGGCUUUCUAUGGAUGGCUGGCAUAUUGCCGUCACUUGUCCACAGUACGCACUCACCUGUCUGGCCUUGUCAAUCACACUAUUGUGGAACCAGAUGUGCCCAGUGACGCUUAUGGAGGCCUUACAGCAGAAGUGUGGCACAAGUUCCUUCAAGAUUGCAGUACCUUUGAAGAGAAGGAAUUGUUGCGGCUUGUUUAUUUUGGUGGGGUUGAGCCUUCUUUGCGCAAGGAGGUUUGGCCCUUCCUGCUUGGCCAUUACCAAUUCGGGAUGUCUGAGGAAGAAAGAAAGGAGGUGGAUGAACAGAUGCGAGCGUGCUAUGAGCAGACCAUGAGUGAAUGGCUUGGGUGUGAGGCCAUUGUCAGGCAGAGAGAGAAAGAACAGCACGCCGUGGCUUUAGCUAAGUGUUCAUCUGGGGCAAGUAUAGACAGCGCCAUGCAGAGGAUAAUGCACCUGGACUCCACCAUCAGUAAUGAGUCCUCACAGAGCUGUAGUUCAGGUAGACAGAGUGAUUUCAGGCUGCAGAGUGACUCCAGCGGCAGCACUCAGGUCUUUGAGUCAGUUGAAGAGGUCGACCAGAUCGAAACAGAGCCCAAGAGUGAUGAUAUCAAACAGGUUCCCGCAAUCUCUGUUGGAGCACCCCAAAAUGGCACCAGUUCUCCAGACUCUGGUCACCCCACUUCAAGAAACUUCUCAGUUACUUCUGGUCAGUCAGACUCCUUAAGCACAGAGGAUAGUGGGGUACAUGAGCCAAAUGUCAAAGCCCAACCACAGCAGCCCUCGACAGCACAGAGCCCUACCAAACCCAAUCAUACCACCGAUAAAUUAAAUACAGACACUUCAGCUGGAGAGGAAGGAAAGAUAUGUGGGAAAGUGGUGACAAGCAUAACAGGUACAACUAGUACAUCAGAGGGAAGCAAGAAGGCCACACAGAGCACCUAUGAAAGAGCAGAAGUUCAGACUUUGGGGCUGAAAACAGCUCACAGUGGCAUGGCCAAAAUGGAAGUGGAUGAUACUCAAGAGAGAACUUUGACAUCUGAAAAUGAAGCACUGACGCAGCGAACUGAGUCAGAUUGUCCCAAAGCAACUGAGGUCAUGGAAUCAAUGAAUUUGAAUCAGGAACAUGUGUUGGAGAAAAUCAAUGAGGAUGUUGUGAAAACCAAAGAAACUAUCAAAGAUAAGGACUCUGAGACAUGGAUAGAUGACAUGACUAAUGUUACAGAGUCACAAAGGGAUUGUGCAUUAAAACCAGAUAAUGAGAAAGAGGAGAAGACUUUGAAAACCAAGGAGGCAUCAGAGAGAUUGACGAACGAGACACUGAAAUCAGCAGGAUCAAGAACAACAGGAAAUAGAAAAGAAGCAUCUGAAAGUCCAAAAAUCUUGGCUGCAGAGCAAAAAGAAGAGAACGUUUUUAAAAAGAGGGCCACACAUAAAGAAAUGCAGAGAAACGCCCCUGUUGAGGAGAUGGUGGUCCCACUGGUGCAUGAAGCAUUUAGCACAAAAGAGAUGUGUGAAGCCCAAGCCGGAACUGAGUCAGAUGAGUCUCCCUCUGCCAUUGAAAUGGAGGAUAUUCCUACAGCCAAGGUGUCAAUCGCCUGGGACAGGAAGACUCCAUCUAAGAGCACAACCAGUGAGCAGGCAGCUGUGCCCACACUGGAGCUCAGGCUGGACGGGAUUCAAUGUAAGCCCUGUCCUGAAGGAACUGACUCGGCCCUGGCUGAAGAACCAGAGAUGGAGAGUCUUUUCCCACAGUUUGAUUUGUUAGCUGUGAACACAGAGAAGAAUGAAGCUACCUCUCCUGCUUCCUCAGUAGGGACCACUUAUUCUCAAGAGCUUUUGGACAUGUACACUCUAAAUCUGCAUCGCAUAGAUAAAGAUGUUCAGCGCUGCGACAGAAAUUAUUGGUACUUCACACCUGCUAACCUGGAGAAACUGCGCAAUAUAAUGUGCAGUUACAUCUGGCAGCACCUUGAAAUUGGAUAUGUUCAGGGCAUGUGUGACUUGCUAGCUCCCCUGCUUGUUAUUCUAGAUGAUGAGGCCAUGGCUUUCAGUUGUUUCUCUGAACUAAUGAAAAGGAUGAAUCAAAACUUUCCUCAUGGGGGUGCCAUGGACACCCACUUUGCCAACAUGAGAUCUCUUAUUCAGAUUUUAGAUGCAGAACUGUUUGAGUUGAUGCAUCAGAAUGGAGACUACACCCAUUUCUACUUCUGCUAUCGCUGGUUUCUCCUUGACUUUAAAAGAGAGCUGGUUUAUGAUGAUGUGUUUGCUGUUUGGGAAGCCACCUGGGCUGCAAAGUGUGUUUCCUCUAGCCAUUUUGUGCUAUUCAUUGCUCUCGCUUUGGUGGAGAUAUACAGAGACAUAAUUCUGGAGAACAACAUGGACUUCACAGACAUCAUUAAGUUUUUCAAUGAAAUGGCUGAGCAUCACAAUAUCAAGCAGAUUAUGACUCUGGCUCGAGACCUGGUGUGCAAAGUGCAGACGCUUAUAGAGAACAAGUAACACCAAAACCUCUCAUCUCUGUUACUCAUGUUCAACAAAAUAUCCCAUUAACCCUUGCUACAAAACAAUGGGGAAUAUUUGGCCAGAGCAUAAUGAGCUAAAAGUAUAUGGGGGAGGUAGUGUAACGUUUCCAAUGACAAGCAUCCUUAUCUACCUGGAAUCAAUCAGUGUGCAAUUCUUUUAUAGAGUCAUCUGGCUCUCUUAUCAGGUUUUACAGAACAUUAAUCAUGGUACAUAAAAUGUUAUGAAUAAGUAGAUGCUGCUACGGAGCAUAGACGACACAGAAUUUAACUGCUGUUGGUGCAUUUAACCAUUAGACCCAUGUAUGACCUGUACACUGAAGUAGUAUUCUGUAUUCUCAUGUGCCUCUUAUUAGUUAUCCAGAAUUUUCUGUGUACUGUACAACUGUAGCAGUAGGGGUCGCUGUGCUUAAGUCUUCUGGCCUUUCGCAUGUGUUUCUAUAACCUGCUUAUUUCCGAGUCUUUCUUUACCGUGAGUUGUUUCACUAAAUCAGAUCAGGUUAUUGUAUCUUACGGUAUAUAAUUGGAGAAUACCAAGGAAUGCCUAAUGUUUUUGCCUCAGUACUGUGUUGCAGUGCAAUGGUGUCUUGCUUUCAGCCACCUAUAUGAAUCACUUUAUGAAUUCCAGGAUUGAGAUUUAUUUUUUCAGAUUUGAUGUUUACAUCUGAGUGUGUGCGUGUGGACCGGGACCGCUAUAGAAAUAUGAAAUUAAAGAGAAUACUCAGUUGAUUGUCUAUUUUGCCAGUGUUUACAAUCACUACCGCAAGGCCUUGUCUGCUCAAUGUAUUCCUGCUCUUUGUGGACUGUACAAAAGAAGUACAUGCUAUAUUUAUUAUAUAGAGAGAAUCUAUAUUAAUAACUUUGGAGUCAAUGGCUUUCAUGGACAUUAACACAAAGAAAUUUAAAUCAUCAGUGCUAUUGAUUACUUUUUAAUCAUUGAAUGAAUUGAUCUGUUAAACGUAUUUUGUGUUUCUUCGUCUGCCAACCACACUAUCCUCUACUGUAGCUUUGUUCACAUGUUUUGCAUUAGCAAGCUUUUAUUUCAGUACAUUAUUAAUGUAUUCACAAUGAAGUAUUGAUCUUAGGAUCAAACUAGUAAAACUACAGAACUGAAACCUGUAGUUGAUCAGGUAUAACCACAAAGAGGUGCAAUCACAAUGUGUAUCAGAUCUUAAGCAUCUUUUUUGCAUGUCUAAUCAGUAACGUAACACUAAAAUGACUAUGUGGGCACGAAAAGUAAAGCAAAUCAAGGAAACUAUGUACACUGAUGUUAUAAGUGUAUUCCUGACCCUGAUAGAGAUUAUAUAGAUUUUAAACUUAAAAACUAAGAUUAAAUGCUUAUUUAAGGAAUCUAAGUAAUUAAUAUGGCCAGAUAUGAGCAAUGCUUAAUCAUUGCCCUGCAUUGCAUCUUGUUCAUUUAAUCAUAAAAGCAAAAUGUUUUCUAAAAGGAGUAAAAACUAAUUUAUAAUUUGUAUGUGUUGUUUUAACUUAUUUAUUUUAAAUCUGAAUGUUUGCAUUUUGUCUUUGCUUUUUUGUGUAAAACUUCUUGCUACACUGUGGUCAGUUACUACAAAAAGUGUUGAAAUAAAAUCUAUAUUAAAUGGUAAAUGUACUUGUUAAAAAAUAAAAUGGAAUUAUUCUUAUUUUUCCAGCAACUCCUAUCAAAUUCUUGCUUCUGUAGUGAUUCUUGAGUGGUUCAAAAUAAUUGCAAAUUUUGUUGGGAUUUUGUCCAUACAUGCCAUAAACAAUAUUAUAAUGUUGUUUAGUUGAUUUAAUGUUAUUAUUAUUAUUAAAAUACAUUGUAUUGUAAUAUAA